GGGCGGCCGCGGCGGCGCCGGGCGGCUGCGAGACGCGCGCGAUGGAGGGCGACGGCCGGGGCCCGUGGGCGCUGGGGCUGCUGCGCACCUUCGAGGCGGGCGAGUUCGCGGGCUGGGAGAAGGUCGGCUCGGGCGGCUUCGGGCAGGUGUACAAGGUGCGCCACGUCCACUGGAAGACCUGGCUGGCCAUCAAGUGCUCGCCGAGCCUGCACGUCGACGACAGGGAGCGCCUGGAGCUUCUGGAAGAGGCCAAGAAGAUGGAGAUGGCCAAGUUCCGCUACGUGCUGCCGGUGUACGGCAUCUGCCGGGAGCCCGUGGGCCUGGUGAUGGAGUACAUGGAGACGGGCUCGCUGGAGAAGCUGCUGGCCGCCCAGCCGCUGCCCUGGGACCUGCGCUUCCGCAUCGUGCACGAGACGGCCGUGGGGAUGAACUUCCUGCACUGCAUGGCCCCGCCCCUGCUGCACCUCGACCUGAAGCCCGCCAACAUCCUGCUGGACGCCCACUACCACGUGAAGAUCUCCGACUUUGGACUGGCCAAGGUCAACGGGCUGUCCCAGGCGCACGACCUCAGCAUGGACGGCCUGUUCGGCACCGUCGCCUACCUGCCCCCGGAGCGCAUCCGGGAGAAGAGCCGGCUCUUUGACACCAAGCACGACGUCUACAGCUUCGCCAUCGUGAUCUGGGGUGUGCUGACACAGAAGAAGCCGUUUUCAGACGAGAAGAACAUCCUGCACAUCAUGGUGAAGGUGGUGAAGGGCCUCCGCCCCGAGCUCCCGCCCGUCUGCCGGCCCCGGCCCCGCGCCUGCGGCAGCCUCAUCCGCCUCAUGCAGCGGUGCUGGCACCAGGACCCUCGCCAGCGGCCCACCUUCCAGGAGAUCACCUCCGAGACGGAGCCCCUGUGCGAGAAGCCCGACGAGGAGGUGAAGGAAGCCGCUCCGGAGCUGGGCAGGAGGAGCUCCCCGCAGCCCCCCAGCGAGGCGGGGCCCGGGUCCGCCCGCCUCCAGCAGGCCUCCGCCCCGCCCUUGGAGAACGACUGCAGCCUCUCGGAGCUGCUCUCCCAGCUGGACUCCGGGAUCUCCCAGGCCCUGGAGGGCCCCGAGGGGCUGAGCCACGGCUCCUCCGGGUGCAAGCGCCCGUCCUCCACCAGCAGCGGCAAGAGGCUCUCGGGGGUGUCCUCCGUGGACUCCGCCUUCUCCUCCCGGGGCUCGCUGUCCCUGUCCUUCGAUCGGGAGCCUCCCGCGGGCGACCCGGGCCCCGCAGACGUGCAGAAGAAGAAGCUGGUGGACGCCAUCCUGUGCGGGGACACGAGCCGGCUGAUGAAGGUGCUGCAGCCGCAGGACGUGGACCUGGCGCUGGACGCGGGGGGCGGCCUGCUGCACCUGGCGGCGGGGGCGGGGCAGGAGGAGUGCGUCAAGUGGCUGCUGCUCAACCACGCCGACCCCAACCUCGCCGACGGGAAGGGCUCGACGCCGCUGCACGUGGCGGUGGAGCGCGGCGCGCGGGGCGUGGUGGAGCUGCUGCUGGCGCGCAAGGUCCGCGUCGACGCCAAGGACGAGGACCGGUGGACGGCCCUGCACUUCGCGGCCCAGAACGGGGACGAGGCGAGCGCGCGGCGGCUGCUGGAGCGGCAGGCGAGCGCGCACGAGGCGGACUGCGAGGGCCGCACGCCCCUGCACGUGGCCUGCCAGCACGGGCGCGAGCAGGUCGUGCGGCUCCUGCUGCGCCGCGGGGCGGACGCGGGCCUGCGCGGCAAGGACGCCUGGCUGCCCCUGCACUACGCCGCCUGGCAGGGCCACCUGCCCGUCGUCAAGCUGCUGGCCCGGCGGCCCGGCGCCGGCGUCAACGCCCCGACGCGGCAGGGCCACACGCCGCUGCACCUGGCCGCCCAGCGCGGCCACUACCGCGCCGCCCGCGCGCUCCUGGACCUGGGCGGGGACGUGGACGCGCGCGGCCCGCGGGCGCACACGCCCCUGCACGUGGCCGCCGAGACGGGCCACACCAGCACCGCCCGGCUGCUCCUGCACCGCGGGGCAGGGGCCGGGGCGCUCGCCGCCGACGGCCGCACCGCCCUGCACCUGGCCGCCCGCGGGGGCCACCUGGCCACCGUGAGGCUGCUGCUGGAGGAGAAGGCCGACCCGCGGGCCCGGGACCCCCUGGGCCAGACGGCGCUGCACCUGGCCGCGGCCCACGGGCACUCGGAGGUGGUGGAGGCGCUGGCGGGCCCCGAGCUCCGCGACCUGUGCGACCAGCAGGGCCGCAGCGCGCUGCAGCUGGCCGCCCGGGGCGGGCACGCGCACACCGUGGAGACCCUGCUCAGGCGCGGCGCCCACGUCAACCUCCAGAGCCUCAAGUUCCAGGGCGGCCCCCGCGCCGCCGCCGCCGCCGCCUCCGCCGCCACGCUCCUCCGGCACAGCGAGACCUAGGGGCUCAGCCAGAGA